UUCUCUCUAGCAAAGUAAAGUAGCCUAAAAGAUAACGCCCAACGGUUUCACUUUCUCCUUUCCAAAGCAACUUUAUCGAAAUAAAGCCUUGAUACAGGAAAAGUUCUCUAACCGUUAGUUGUCUUCUGCACUUGCUUGGCAUGGGUAAAAUUUGGGUUGAAGUUUGCUUGAUCUCUGCUCGAGGACUCCGGCGCACUUCCUCACUUUGGAAGCUUCAAUGGUUUGCUGUUGGCUGGAUUGAUCCGAAGAACAAAUAUUGUACCAAGAUCGAUGCCUCUGGAAAUGCGAAUCCCACAUGGAAAACCAAGUUUGCUACCUUGCUUGAUGAUUCAGACUUUCAAGAUAUGGCACUGCACGUUGAGGUAUACAGCAGGGAGCCCAUUUUUCUGAGAGAAAGACUUGAAGGGACUGCGACUGUGGUCCUCAAAGAAUUCCUGGCAAAGUAUAGCAACAGCAAUGAGGCCUCAAGGCCAGGAACUGAAGAAGUAGGGAGCUAUCAACUACGCAAAAGAAAUUCCAGUAAACCUCAAGGAUUUGUAGACGUUUCAAUUCAUAUCUCCGAGGAAAGGGAACAGUCAAGUUCAUACCCAGGCAACGAAGGAGGGAUUAUGCUCAUGGACCACAACAACAAGAUUACACUACCUACUGAAGGGUCAGGGAAAGCUUUCCCUUCAGAACUGCCUCUAGGUUCACUCCGACAACCGGAAAACCAUUCAUCAAGUGUUGCAUACAAUCAUCCACUGCCAUACCCUGCAAAUUAUUCCAAUCCAUCAGUAGGUGGCCCAAGUUACCCACCAGCAGCUGGUCCAAGCUAUCAACCAUCUCGAACUCCUCCACCACCACCUCCACCAUCUAAUGUUGGUUACAUGCCAACUAUUCUUCCAAAUACAGAUUAUAUAAAUAUGCCAUCUUCAGUAGCAGCAGCUGGACCCCGAGGUCCACGACCUGGUUUGGCGAUGGGAGUUGGUGCUGGAGCUUUGGCCGCUGGUGCUGUCAUAUUUGGUGAUGACUUUAUGUCAGGAUUUGAUAUUCUGACUGGCUUACAUGAUCCUAGUCUUACAAUAACAACAAAUCCUCCUUUUUGAUGAAAGGGGUUCCAGUUUCCUGUAAUUGUGCUACAAUGCUAUCGAAUUUGAAUUGGUUGUCCCUUAUUUUCUGCUUUA